UCACCGGCUGCUGGGGAAUAGAAACCACCGCGGAGGAGGAGGAGGAGGGAAAGGGGGUUGUGCCGCGCUCUUGUCCUUCCGCAGCCGCGGAACUGAAGUGCCGUGGCCUUGGUGCCUGGACGGAAGGCGGCGCGUCGAGAUGGCGGCCGGGGCGGCGGGCAGUGUGGGCCUGGGGCACGUAACCCACUGGAAGGUUGUGGCCCGGGCUGGGGUAAUGCUGGGCCCGGGGUGGGUCGAGCUGAACGCGGUGCUGGGGAAGAGGAUGGUGUCCGCAGUGUGGGCUCGUUGUCUCUUCACCAAGUCGAGAAUUCCAGACUGGGUAAUUCAGCCACGGCCUGGAGAUCAUGAAAAGUAUGGAGGUGACCCUGAGCAGCCCCACCAAAUCCACGUUAUUACUAGAAUAAAAAGUGUAAUCGGUCGUCCAUAUUGGGAAAAGAAGAUAAUACAUGAUCUGGGACUGGAUAAAGCACAUCAGCCAAGACUGCACAAAAAUAUUCCUUCUGUGAAUUCCAAACUGAAAGUUGUUAAACAUCUGAUAAGCAGAAUACAGCCACUGAAGCUGCCUUAUGGAUUGCCGACAGAAGAAGAAAUGUCAGACACAUUUCUUACAAGCAAGGGAGAACUUGUGAUUAAAAAGCGUCUGAAACCUGUGGAGCAGAAAGCAAUUGAGUCAUAAGGUGUGCUGGUUGGAUUUAUAAAAUAAAUAAUUUAACUCCUGA